AUGACUGUGACCAGCAGAUGUCCUCGGCGAGCGCUUCAAAACUGUGACCUGGUUCGCGUUGUGUUUCAGAAGCACCGUUUGUGCCUCUUCACUGUUUUAAUAAAUGCGCAUUUAUACUCUUCUGGUCUGCUCACGAGACUACUGUAGUACGCUCAUGUGAGUGCGUUAGCCACGCCCACAAACUGUCUAGCAGAUUCCAACCGAGCACAGCUGCUUUUCUUAAAGGGGUCGCCGCGAAAUUAAAGGCGAAAACAUCAGUUUAUAGAGUUUAAUUGCAGUCUAUACAGUUUAAUUACCAUAUAUUAUAAUCUCUCCGUCAUUUACCAGAUGAUUGAGGCCAGUGUAUUUUUUUUUGCACCACAACCUUUCUCUUUUUAGUAAGAAGCCUUUCCCUUUAAAUCUGCUCCCGGGACCACCUAGAGUCGCUCCGCUUUUCUGUCGGUUGGCAAUAAGUCGCCGAGGGUCACUGAUCGCGUCAGCGCGCCGCGAUCAGUCUCGCCGUUCCGCUUUCCUGCCCGAUCUUCCGCUUUUUCUCAGUUUUUCUCGUUCUCCAGCCAUGCAUCUGCUGUGUUUCUUUGUCCUGCUGCUCUGGAUCGGUCCGGCGCGCGGUUAUUUCCCGGAGGAGCGCUGGAGCCCGGAGUCCGCGUUGCUCGCGCCGCGGGUGCUGCUCGCGCUGGUCUGCCGCAACUCGGCGCACUCUCUGCCGCACGUCCUCGGAGCCAUCGACCGCCUCAACUUCCCCAAAGACCGCAUGGCUGUAUGGGUGGCCACAGAUCAUAAUUCAGACAACACCACAGCGAUCCUGCGCGAAUGGCUCGUAAACGUCCAGAACUUCUAUCAUUAUGUGGAGUGGAGACCUCAGGAGGAGCCCAGCGUCUAUGAGGACGAGAGCGGCCCGAAGCACUGGACGAACCUGCGAUACGAGCACGUGAUGAAGCUGCGUCAGGCGGCGCUCGACACGGCGCGGGAGAUGUGGGCCGACUACUUUCUGAUGGUGGACUGUGAUAACCUGCUGACUAACCGGGAUGUUUUAUGGAAGCUGAUGCAGGAGAAUAAGACGAUCGCGGCGCCGAUGCUGGAGUCCAGAGCGGCGUACUCAAACUUCUGGUGCGGCAUGACGUCUCAGGGUUAUUAUAAGCGGACGCCGGCCUACAUGCCGAUCCGCAGGCAGGAGCGCAAGGGCUGCUUCUCCGUGCCCAUGGUUCACUCCACCUUCCUGCUGGACCUGAGGAAGGAGGCGUCCCGCGAGCUGGCCUUCUUCCCGCCGCAUCCCGACUACAGCUGGGCCUUCGACGACAUCAUCAUCUUCGCCUUCUCCGCGCGCAUGGCAGAGGUUCAGAUGUACAUCUGCAACAGAGAGACUUAUGGGUAUUUCCCCGUGCCCCUGCGCUCCCAUAAUACCCUGCAGGACGAGGUGGACAGUUUCCUGCACUCGCUGCUGGAGGUUAUGGUGCGCAAUCCUCCAUCAGAGCCGUCUGUGUAUCUCUCUCUUCCUCCGAAACAAUCGGAUAAAAUGGGCUUCGAUGAGGUGUUUAUGAUAAACCUGCUGAGGCGUUCGGACCGCAGAGAGCGCAUGCUGAGGACUCUGUACGAACAAGAGAUCGCGUGCAAGAUCACCGCAGCUGUAGAUGGCAAGGCACUGAACAUCAAAAUUGUGGAUCGAGGGCUGAAGGCAUCUCUGGUGAUCGAGGACGACCUGCGCUUUGAGGUUUUCUUUAAGCGGCGCCUGCAGAAUCUGAUGCAUGAGAUCGAGUCUCAGCAGCUGGACUGGGACUUGAUAUAUAUCGGCCGCAAGCGCAUGCAGGUGGACCGGCCGGAGAAAUCUGUGCCCAGAAUACACAACCUGGUGGAGGCGGAUUACUCGUACUGGACGCUGGGAUACACCAUCUCGCUGCGCGGCGCUCAGAAGCUGCUGCGGGCCGAACCGCUCCGAAACAUGCUGCCGGUGGACGAGUUUCUGCCCGUCAUGUAUAACAAACACCCCAUCGAGGACUACAUGUCUCACUUCGAGCGGCGGGACCUGCGAGCGUUUUCGGCCGAGCCGCUGCUGGUUUACCCCACGCACUACACUGGCGACGCGGGCUACAUCAGCGACACGGAGACCUCCAGCGUCUGGGACAACGAGACGGUCCGCACCGACUGGGACCGAGCGCGAUCACGCAAGAGCCUCGAGCAGGAGGAGCUGAGCAGCGAGGCGCAGAACUCGGACGUGCUGCAGUCUCCGCUGGACAGCACGGCCCGCGACGAGCUCUGAAGCACUCGGAGAAACUGCACAGACUCGCCAUCGAGGAGAAGUGCGGUGUUUCAUCAGCCAUCAGAUUCACUUUACCAUGUACUUCAGAUGAGAUGAACACCUCUGAUGUUCCUGAAAUGCUUGACUGGCUGCAGGAACAGUAAAUAUGACGCUAGUUACAGUUCAGGUCAAAGGUUUACAUCCCCUUGCAGAAUCUGCAAAAUGUUAAUUAUUUCACCAAAAUAAGAGGGAUCAUACAAAAUG